GAGACGCUGGUGGCCACGCUCGCGGUGCCAGGUGACCGUUAGUCGAGGCAGGCUCUGUCGUCUGUCGCUUAUUCUAACGUCGCUCGCCUGUCUUUGCAGUCAAGGAUGUCUGCCCGCGGCCCGGCCAUCGGCAUCGACCUGGGCACCACCUACUCGUGCGUGGGGGUCUUCCAACAUGGCAAAGUGGAGAUCAUCGCCAACGACCAGGGCAACCGCACCACGCCCAGCUACGUGGCCUUCACCGACACGGAGCGCCUCAUCGGCGACGCGGCCAAGAACCAAGUGGCCAUGAACCCCACCAACACCAUCUUCGACGCCAAGAGGCUGAUCGGACGCAAGUUCGAGGACGCCACGGUGCAGUCGGACAUGAAGCACUGGCCGUUCCGCGUGGUGAGCGAGGGAGGCAAGCCCAAGGUGCAGGUGGAGUACAAGGGCGAGAUGAAGACCUUCUUCCCGGAAGAGAUCUCCUCCAUGGUGCUCACCAAGAUGAAGGAGAUCGCUGAAGCCUACCUGGGGGGCAAGGUGCAGAGCGCCGUCAUCACGGUCCCGGCUUAUUUCAACGACUCGCAGCGCCAGGCCACCAAGGACGCGGGCACCAUCACGGGCCUCAACGUGCUCCGCAUCAUCAACGAGCCCACGGCGGCGGCCAUCGCCUACGGCCUGGACAAGAAGGGCUGCGCGGGCGGCGAGAAGAACGUGCUCAUCUUCGACCUGGGCGGCGGCACCUUCGACGUGUCCAUCCUGACCAUCGAGGACGGCAUCUUCGAGGUGAAGUCCACGGCCGGAGACACGCACCUGGGCGGCGAGGACUUCGACAACCGCAUGGUGAGUCACCUGGCGGAGGAGUUCAAGCGCAAGCACAAGAAGGACAUCGGGCCCAACAAGCGCGCCGUGCGCCGGCUGCGCACCGCCUGCGAGCGCGCCAAGCGCACCCUGAGCUCGUCCACGCAGGCCAGCAUCGAGAUCGACUCGCUCUACGAGGGGGUGGACUUCUACACGUCCAUCACCCGCGCCCGCUUCGAGGAGCUCAACGCCGACCUGUUCCGCGGGACGCUGGAGCCCGUGGAGAAGGCGCUGCGCGACGCCAAGCUGGACAAGGGCCAGAUUCAGGAGAUCGUGCUGGUGGGCGGCUCCACGCGCAUCCCCAAGAUCCAGAAGCUGCUGCAGGAUUUCUUCAACGGCAAGGAGCUGAACAAGAGCAUCAACCCCGACGAGGCGGUGGCCUACGGCGCCGCCGUGCAGGCGGCCAUCCUCAUCGGGGACAAGUCGGAGAACGUGCAGGACCUGCUGCUGCUGGACGUGACCCCGCUGUCGCUGGGCAUCGAGACGGCAGGUGGGGUCAUGACCCCACUCAUCAAGAGGAACACCACGAUUCCAACCAAGCAGACGCAGACGUUCACCACCUACUCGGACAAUCAGAGCAGCGUGCUGGUGCAGGUGUACGAGGGCGAACGGGCCAUGACCAAGGACAACAACCUGCUGGGCAAGUUCGACCUGACCGGGAUCCCCCCGGCGCCCCGCGGGGUCCCCCAGAUCGAGGUCACCUUCGACAUCGACGCCAACGGUAUUCUCAACGUCACCGCCGCCGACAAGAGCACCGGGAAGGAAAACAAGAUCACCAUCACCAACGACAAGGGUCGUCUGAGCAAGGACGACAUCGACCGCAUGGUGCAGGAGGCGGAGCGGUACAAGUCGGAAGACGAGGCGAAUCGCGACCGGGUCGCGGCCAAGAACGCCGUGGAGUCCUACACCUACAACAUGAAGCAGACGGUGGAAGACGAGAAACUGAGGGGCAAGAUCAGCGAGCAGGACAAAAACAAGAUCCUCGACAAGUGUCAGGAGGUCAUCAGCUGGCUCGACCGGAACCAGAUGGCAGAGAAGGACGAAUACGAACACAAGCAGAAGGAGCUGGAGAGAGUCUGCAACCCCAUCAUCAGCAAACUUUACCAAGGCGGCCCUGGCGGCGGCUCCGGCGGCUCCGGGGGCCCCACCAUCGAGGAAGUGGACUAAGCCGGCACCCGUAAAGCUCUUUUCCUUUCUUUCUUUCUUUCCUUUUUGUUUUUGUUUCUCCAUUGAAAUCCUCCGUGCCAAGCAGGAGCUGCGGUGAUGGAAGUCUGCAUAUGAAAGGAAAGGUGCAACAAGUUGGUUUAUUUAUAAAAGGUUAAUUCUAAAGUUUGGUUUUAAAAAAGCAUUUUUUUGACGAUUCUCUUGAACACAGCUUGUGUUUGCUGACAAGAUUAUUUUUAAUUAACUUAGUUUGUGCGUGGAGACGAGGCGGGGGGGGAGCUGAAGUUUGCACCCCUGCCCUGUGCAAGCUUGAUAACAAUGAGAUAUAUAGACGCUUCAAUUGUUUAUUUUUAUGCACAACUUUAAAGUGAACAUACCAGUAAUUUUAGGGACAGGUAUACUUUUUGCAAGUAAAUGCAAAUUUAAUGCUGUAAUUGAUCUCAAAGUCAUUGUCUUGUUGGAAUUUUCAGUUUUUCCUCCUUCCCAUGCUUGACCCAUAUUGGUCUUUAAAAGAUAUUAAAGUGAUAUGAACUUGA